AUGAGGAAAAUUAUAAUUUCCUUCUCAGGCCCAGGAAUCGUGAGAAUUGGAGCAGGAAUCAAUGGCAGCAGUAGGUACAUGGGGCUAAUGCAGGACGUAAGGCUUUAUGAGCGUAAACUGACACGAGCAGAGAUCUAUGAACUCCACGCAACUCCUGCGAAGAGUGAUGUCCACCCUGUCUCUGGGUAUUUGGAGUAUCGGCAAGGAGAGACCAAUAAAUCAUUCAUUGUGUCUGCAAAGGAUGACAAAGAGGAAGAAGGAGAGGAGUUAUUCAUCCUAAAGCUCAUUUCUGUGCGUGGUGGAGCUCGAAUUUCACAAGAAAAUACCACAGCAAGAUUAAGAAUACAGAAAAGUGAUAAUGCUAAUGGUUUAUUUGGCUUCACUGGAGCAUGUAUUCCUGAGACUGCCGAUGAGGGUUCCACAAUAUCCUGUGUCGUGGAGCGCACAAGGGGAGCCCUAGACUAUGUGUAUAUAAAUUACAUUAUCUCACAGGUUGAUUCCACGGGCAUUAAUUACCCUGUUACUGAUUUUUCUAACAGCACUGGCACUAUCACAUUCCUUCCUUGGCAGAGAUCAGAGUCUAGCAGCAUGGAUGAGGCCUGCCUUAUUCUAUCUAGUGGCAGAAAAGGGCUGGUAUACCCUUUUGCUCCACUGCUGUGUGGUCCAAUUUAUUGUCUACGUACGGAGGAGUUAAUGGGCAUGGCCCUAAGAAACAGAUUGGGAGCUGUUGCUCGUCAGGUCUUAAAUUUGCAUGUUAUUGAUGAUGACAUUCCGGAGCUAAAUGAAUAUUUUCAUGUGACAUUAGUCUCUGCAGUGUCUGGAGAUGGAAAACUAGGUUCAACUCCUACCAGUGGAGCAAGUAUAGAUCCAGAAAAGGAAACUACUGAUAUCAGCAUCAAAGCCAGUGACCACCCGUAUGGUCUGCUACAGUUCUCUGUGGGGCCACUUCCUCAGCCAGGUGAUGAAAUGAUUCUGCCAGUCUCUGCUGUGCCCCAUAUUACAAUUAAAGAAGAAGUUGGACACAUCAGAUUACUGGUAGUUCGUGCACAAGGCCUUCUUGGAACAGUUCUGGUGGAAUACAGAACAGUGCCACUUACAGCUUUCAGUCCUAAAGAUUAUCAGGCUGUUGUGGGCACGCUGGAAUUUCAGCCAGGAGAAAGAUACAAGUACAUUAUUGUUAACAUCACUGAUAAUUCUAUUCCUGAAUUAGAAAAAACUUUUAAAGUGGAGCUGUUGAACCCAGAGGGAGGAGUUGCUGAGCUCUUUAGAAAUGAUGGCAGUGGUAGUGGUGAUGGGAACAUGGAUUUCUUCCUUCCAACUGUCCAUCAACAUGCUAGCUUGGGAAUUGCGUCCCACAUCUUUGUGACUAUUGAGGCUUCUGAUGAUGCUCAUGGUGUGUUUGAGUUCAGUACUGAGUCACUCUCGGUAAAUGGAACUGAGCCUGAAGAUGGAGAUAGCAAUAUUGUGCUGCAGGUUGUGAGAACGCAUGGGGCCUUGUCGCAAGUAACACUGCAUUGGAUCAUAGUCUGUGAUCUUACCAAAGACCUGAUCUCUACAGAUGGGAAUGUAACAUUUGAUGUUGGCCAAGCGAGAGCAAAUAUUACAGUACAGGUUUCUCCUGAUGAAGUUCCUGAAUUGGAUAAGGUGUUUUCAGUUUUGAUCAUCAAUGUCUCCAGUGGUCAUCUUGGAAAUCAUACUAAUGCAACAUUAACUGUUUUAGCUAAUGAUGAUCCAUAUGGAGUCUUCAUCUUUUCUGAGCAAAACAGACCAAUAAAAGUUGAGGAAGAAACAAAAAAUAUCUCCCUGACAAUAAUAAGGCGUGGUGGUCUCCUCGGUACAGUGAUGGUAACAUACAGAACUAUUGGCGAUGAUGAAAAGUCACCCUUUCUUCCUUCUGAUGUUGUUAGAGCAAUAGAGGGAAAAGAUUAUAUACCCAUUACAGGUUACAUGAUCUUCACAGCCAAUGAAAGUGAGGCCGCAAUAUUUUUGCCUAUUUUGGAUGAUGAUGAUCCUGAGAGGUCAGAAUCUGUUUUUGUGGAGCUAAGCAGUAUUGUUUUGAUCGAGAAAGUACAGGAUCGGCCAAUUGUAAAUUCUCCUCGACUUGGAUUAGUGGGUGAGACAAUAGCUCAUGUAAUUAUCAAUGCCAAUGAUGAUGCUUUUGGAACACUUCAGCUUUCAGCUUUAACUGUGCGAGUUGCUGAAAAUUAUGUUGGACCAAUCAUUAAUGUGACCAGAACUGGGGGAAUAUUUGCAGACGUUUCUGUGAAAUUUAAAGCUAUGCCAAUAACUGCAACAGCUGGCGAAGACUACAGCGUAGCCUCAUCAGAUGUUGUCUUACUAGAAGGAGAAACAAGUAAAGCUGUGCCAAUUUAUAUAAUUAAUGAUAUCAAUCCCGAAGUUGAGGAGUCGUUUUAUGUUCAGCUGCUGAAUCAAACAACAGGAGGAGCCUUGCUUGGAUCUUUGACUAGGGCAAUCAUAACUAUUGAGGCUUCUGAUGACCCGUUUGGAUCCUUUGUUUUUCAGAUUACCGAAUUCACUGUGGAGGAGCCUGAAUUGGGAUCAGUAACCAUAAAUCUGCCAAUAAUUCGCAAUGCUGGGACACUCGGUAAUGUUACUGUUCAGUGGGUUGCUACCAUUAAUGGACGUCCUGCUGACGCUGACUUGCAGGUCGCCUGGGGUAAUAUUACUUUUGCCCCUGGGGAAGCCGUUCAGAUGUUGCUGUUGGAAAUCCUGGCUGAUGAUGUUCCGGAAAUAGAAGAAAUUGUCCAUGUAGAAUUAACUCAGGCCUCCAAUGGUGGUGCUAUUGGGUUAGAUGGCGUGGCAAAUAUUAUAAUACCUGCCAAUGAUAAUCCUUAUGGCACAGUUUUCUUUCAUCAAUCCCUAUAUCGAAUUCAGGAGCCACUAGAAAGAAAUUUGCUUGCAAAUAUAACAGUCAGGCGAAGUGGGGGAAGGUUUGGUCAGCUGCAGAUAUUUUACAGCACUUCUGAGACAGACGUCGUAGCUCUCGCCGUUGAGCAAGGUCAAGAUAUCUUUGCCUGUUACGAGUCUCCUGUACCAGGAAUUCCUGACCAACCAUCCAAGACCAGAGUGAACGUGUCGGCAGCAGGUGACCCCCUGUAUGCCUGUGCAACUCAGUGCCUAAAAGAACAAGCGUGUUCAGCCUUUACAUUUUCCAGUGCCUCUGAGAUUCCUCUCUGCCUUUGGCUGACAGAGAUCAGCCCCUUAACUAACACUUCAGGAUUCUGGACCUACAAGAAAAACAUCACCAGUGCGUUCGCUCUCUUUAGCACCCAAGCCAUUGCUGGCAGCGAUUUUGAAUCUGUUACAAGACAGUGGGCCGUAAUGCAGGAGGGGGAAGAGUUUGCAAAUCUCACGGUUACCAUACUCCCUGACAGUCUGCCAGAGUUGGAUGAGAAAUUCACUAUAUCCCUUUUGAAAGUUGAACUAAUGAACAUCUCAGCCAGCUUAAAAAAUCAACCAACUAUAGGACAGCCGAAUACUUCCACAGUUAUCAUAAUGAUGAAUGGAGAUGCGUUUGGAGUAUUUAAGAUCUACAGCAUAAGUCCCAAUGCGACAGAGAAAGGUCUGUAUAUUGAAGUAGAAGAAUGUCCUCAGACCACCGUGCAGCUAAUGAUACAUAGGACAGAAGGCAGCCUGGGACAGGUGACGGUGGAAUGGCGUGUUGUUGGUGGAACUGCUACCCCACACGUGGAUUUUAUAGGUGUUGGUGAGGUUCUGGUGUUUGCUGAAGGGGAAACAAAAAAGAUGGUCACGCUGACCAUUUUAGAUGAUCCAGAGCCAGAGGAUAAUGAAAGUAUCGUAAUCAGCCUCGUCCAUACUGACGGAGGGAGUCGGAUUCUGCCCAGUUUUGACACUGUCACAGUGAUUAUUCUGGCAAGUGACAAUGUGGCAGGAAUUAUUAGCUUCCAGACAGCCUCAAGAUCUGUUAUUGGUCAUGAAG